AUGACUCGAUCCCCACCACUCACUGUUAGUCCCAUCAACCUGGUUCUGGACCUCGGAGGUGUACUUUUCCAUCCAAAGUUUGGUCAGGUGCAGCUGAAUACCCACACAUCUUCUGUAUCGGUGAAAAGGCUUGUCUCUACAUCGACAUGGAUGGCCUAUGAAUGUGGAAAGCUCUCAGAGAAAGAGUGUUACCAAAAACUAGCGGAUGAAUAUGGUUUCCAAGCAGAUGAUCUUGCGAUGGCCAUAAGGAAAGGCCGUACAAUUGCUGAUUACGAUCGAAAUCUUGUGGCAAGUCUCCUGGAUUUCAAAAAGGCCAUGGGUGGCAAAGUGGUGUUCAUUCUCGCAUCGAACAUCUCCAGCCCAGACUACUUGGCUCUUCAGCAACUGUGGGGAAAGGAUUUCUGGUCCCUUUUCGACUACUGCUUUCCCUCUGCCACAGUGGGCACCCGCAAACCAAGUAUGCGGUUCUACCGCCACAUGCUGGGGGCCAGUGGUGCUGUACCUCGAGACACCAUUUUCGUGGAUGAUCGGGCGGAGAAUGUCCUAGCGGCUUCUGCUAUGGGCAUCAAAGGAAUUGUGUUUACCGAUGGCGAGAAUCUCAUGCGGAGUCUCAUGAACAUGACUGGUAAUCCGGUAGAGCGAGGCCAGGCAUUCCUCCAGGCUAAUGCUGGCCAGCACCUCUCGACCACAGAUCGAGGAGAGGUGGUAGAAGAAAACUACUCUCAGCUUUUGAUACUGGAUACGACGGGUAAUAGCUCACUGGUGUCAUUGAGUCGUCCACCUAGAUUUUGGAACUUUUUUACGGGCGCAGCAAAGUUCACCACAGAAACCUACCCGGACGACCUUGAUACUACCUCUUUAGCCUUGGCAUCGAUGCCCUACGAAUCUUCCAUAGUGAAUUCCAUGCUGGAUGAAAUGCUGAAUAACGUUGACGAGGAUGGCUUGCUAAAGUUUUACCUGGAUACCUCACGCCCCAGGGUUGACGCAGUGAUCUGUCUCAAUAUUCUCACACUUUUCUGCAUGUACGAAAGAGGCUACCAGCUGCCAGAAACUCUGAACUGGAUCUACGACAUUCUCCUCAAUAGGGCCUAUAUGAACGGCACUCGAUACUACACUACCCCGGAGUGGUUCUUGUAUUACAUGGAUCGACUCCUCUCCCGGUCUAAUGAUCAGAUCUUAAGAGACCGAUUUGAGGGCCUUCUUCGGACGCGGGUUAUUGAGCGGAUCGGUGCCGAAGGAGAUGCACUGUGUUUGGCCAUGCGACUGUGUGUAUGCAAUUCGCUUGGAAUCGCGAAUCGCCCUGAUAUUGAUGCUUUGACUGCUUCCCAGUGCAAGGAUGGAGGCUGGGGACCUUCGUUGAUGUAUCUCAUCCCGGGGUCCAGUAGGAGGCUUGGAAACAGAGGCGUGACGACGGCAUUCGCGGUGAAGGCACUCCAGAGUAUUUACACAGUGAACUAG